UCCGGGUUAGAGGGCUGAGUGGAUAAGUCCAAAACAUCUUUUUUUCAGGAUGGCCUAUUUUGGCUGGAAACGUAAGGUGGGGGAGAGAGUUUCCAAGAUGACAGCGCAGCAGUUUGAGAAGGACUCCGAGCAGGUGGAUGACGAGGACGUGGAGAAGGAAAGAGCUGAUUGGCUGCAUGUCAUCAAACAGAGACAAGAGCUGCUGCUGGAGGAUUGUGCUGCUAAGAGCAAGAGACUAAAGGAUGAAGGAAUGCUGCUCGCCGAGCAGGGAAGAAACUGGGAGGCAUUGAAGAGGUGGAACGAGGCGAUUCAGCUCACACCAGACAAUGCUGUGCUCCAUGAGAUGAAAUCACAGGUGUUGAUCGCCCUUCAAGAGGUGUUCCUGGCUGUGCAGUCUGCAGAGAUGGCCACCAGACUCCGCCCCCUCUGGUGGGAGGCGUGGCAAACUCUGGGCCGCACCCAACUAAGUCUUGGCGAAGUAGAGCUAGCUGUGCGAUCUUUCAAAGUGGCACUGCACCUGCAUCCGUCUGAGCGCUCCCUCUGGGAGGAAGACCUAGGCUGGGCUUUACAGCUCCGGGAGCAACAAAAUGCUCUCCGUGAAAGAGCGAAACAGGAAGAUGAAGCCCAAAGGCUCCUUGUGCAAGCUCCUGAGCUGAAGAGCGAUUAUGAUUUUGAAAGCGAUGAAGUGAUUGAGGCUUGCACAACCAUGGCUGAUAGACAGAAAAAAUAUGAGGACUUAAAGAAAACAGUGGUUGUGGAUGCACGCGGGGGUCGCCAAAGAAGUGAUUGUCAAAGAUGAAAGCAAAUCCACUUCAUCCUCACAGUGUUGUUUAGUCAAGGCACGAGGACUCUGAGUAGAGGCUGGGGAUAUUGGUGAAUAAAGUUUAAUAAAUUUUUGUUUUCUUUGUGCACAAAAAGUAUUCUUGUAGCUUCAUAACAGUACAAUUGAGCGAAUAAUGUCACAUUUUAAAGUGUUCUUCCUUACUUUCUGGGCCACAACUAAACGUUUCAGUUGGAUUGAUGUCUAUGCAGAGUCAGAAAGCUCUUGGAUUUCAUAUAAAAAAAUAGCUUAAUUUGUGUACUGAAGAUGAACGGUCUUACGGGUUUGGAACAACACGAGGGUGAGUAAUUAAUGACAGAAUUUACAUUUUUGGGUCAACUAUCCCUUUAACUAUGUUACUAUUCCCAGUGAAUCUAUAUAGUGAGCAUCAGAUUCCCAGAAGAAUUUGAAAUGCUUUGGCAUUUUCACUCCAAUAAGAGCAUAAAUUCCUUCUUUUUUUUACUGAGGCAUUCUGUGGUUAUUUCAUUGUUUUAGUCUGGUUAAGCAUUGCCUUAUAAGUUUCCAAAAUAGCAGAGCAAUCCCUUCUCAAUGUACACUCUUGAUUAGCAAUUUCACCAUUCCUAGUUGGAUUUUAAUUCAGUCCUGUUUUAUGUGAGAUGUGAGCUCUCACUUGGGACCCUAGAGCUGUUAUUCUGUAGCAGUGUGACUCCCUGAUGUACUAGGGCUGGCUGAAUCAAUCAUAAUAUCAAUAGUAUCGAAACCAAUGUUUGUAUUGGUAUCAGAUCAAUCCCAUCCUGAUGAGAUCGAUAGUUCAGGUUAAUUUUCUCUGGUCUGUGCUUAGUACAUUGUUUCUGUUUCAUUAAAGACUAGACAUGUCUUUGUGUGUACAUACAGUAUGCAGCUCCUUUCCCAUCUCGUAUACACAUGUUGCUCCUCCUUAUAUGGGAGCAAAACGCUUAAUGUGAAACUUUGCGAACUGCCCUCAUAUUUGGGGCUUUUCUGCUUGUCUGUAAAUAGUAUUUUCACAUUAAGCAUUUUUAAAUGUCCCACUGAGUCAGAAGUCACUGGCAGAGUCCUUUCAGAAAGGCAAAGAAUAUCCAUGUAGCGAUGGUGAAUGUAAUAUUGUAGUGGUAACAUUUUAGUAUAUAGACCAAUUCUCACUAUUAUUUUACUUCUUAGCAUGCCCAUUAUUAACAUACUUGCGGUGUAUUAGUACUUAUAAAGCACUUAUUCGUCAUGACCAUAUUCUAUAUCUCUAAUCCUACCCAAUACCUUAACAUAACAACUACUUUACUGUUAAUAAGAAGCAAAUUAGUAGUUUAUUGAGGCAAACAUCAUAGUUAAUGGUUUUUAAAUGGUGUGAAUUGGACCUUAAAAUAAAGUGUGACCAUUUUAGUCAUAGAAGCGUUAGUUAUUGUACAUUUUCAAAGUGUAAUCAGUUCAUUUAAAUACAUGCUUUUAAAAGAAAAGUAUCUGUAUUGGCGAUACUGGUCUUGUAUGUACUUGGUAUCGGAUCGAUACCAAAAUUUGCAGUAACACUCACCCCUAUGAUGUACCAGGACUGAGUGGGAAGGACAUGACAAAAACACACAUACACACACACUUGCUCCAUUAUCUAUCUACAGAUUUUUUUGAGUUUAGUUAGUGAUACAAAGAAAUAAAGUAGGCCUAGUAGUAAUGCAGUCAUGGGUUAAAAUGUCACGCAGAAGAGAAGGUGAUGCAGGGAGCAAUAUUUUAGUUAUUAUGCUUUAUUAUAGGAUUACUGUAUAUAAGGAUUUUUAUGUGAUUUUCUUUGGGUGAAAUUACACUUCUCAACAUUUAAUCAGCUCGGUUCCUUGGUGAGAAAUCGCUGGAAAAGAUUUAGCUCCAGAAUUUUGUGAAGUUGGUAUCACCAGUUCCUUUCUGACUGGCUGGGUACUACAAAACUUCAGAAAGUCAAAACUUCUGGGUUCUCAGGUUUUCAUUAGUCAGUACCAGGCUGCUGCAUUAAGUGUUAACAAGGGUGAACUAGUCUCUGGAUUUGGCAAAAUCUGUUGAGUUCAACUGAAUAUUUCAAAGAUAAGAGAAUCAUUACAAUCUUUCUCCUUCAGCGCAAUGUUCAUCUUCUCGCUGGACUCCAAAGAAUGAAGAACAAAGAAGCCUGCUACUCUUUCUCAGCACCUCUCUACUGCGGUCGUCCGGUGACUUUCAAAUUCUCUGCUAAUUGAGAAACUUCCAUUGGCAUUUGACUCAUCAUGUCGUGGCAUGAGUGCGGCACAUGCAGGGCCACCCCUUCAUGCCUCUGACCAGCACAGAGGGAGUGCUCACAGAUAUGGAGUGCCCUCAUUGUGAGAGCAUGAGUCUUGCUCCACUCACAUAUUUUCCUACUCGGCCCUACUCCUGCUUCCUCUGCCUUCACCUCCAUUGAUGGCAUUGAGCAAAAAGGCUCAGUGGUAGAGCAUUGCAUUAGCAGCACAAAAGGUUGUGGGUUCAAUUCCCAGGGAACACACAUACUAGUUAGAAAAAUGAAUAUCCUGAAUGCAUUGUAAGUCCCUUUGGAUAAAUGUAAGUGAGAAGCUCCCCUCUCAAAGAGGCUGUCGCGGCACAUCUAUGCUCACCCACGGGUAGAAAAAUUAUGAUGAAAUGGCAUCGAUCUUAUAUAGGCAGUUGACUGCCCGUUUUGGCAGGCUGAAAUGCCAUUUGUUUGUGCAGCUUCACAAACGUUAGCAAAUCAUGCAAUGCUCAUUCUUGUUAUCAAAUGGAAUCAAGGUUACAUUAGUAACCAAGGCGUAAACAAGCUAGUUGGACAUGUUUAAUGGUUCCAGUAACUCACACAUGACGCUGCGUUCUAAAAACACAUCUCUAGACUUUACUGCCAUGUAUCUGGCAAAAUUGUGUCCUAUGGAGGGACCAUUCCCACAAAACACAUUUUGUGUUCCACGGUGCAAACACGGCUUUUCAAUGUAUUUAUUUAUUUUAUGUACUUCUAUACUUGGAAGGUUUUUUUUCAUUCACUGCCCUGCCUCAAAAAGAGUUUGUUGUGAAUGGCCUCUAGGCAGUUUUUGUAGAAUAACGUGCUACAGGUUGCUGCAGGUUUCUCACAAAAGAAUACAUGAUCUUUACAGCUUCAUAAAAACACAGUAUUCCUUACCCAAACCAAAUAUAAUAUAAUGCCUAAAACUACUUUGUUGCCCUAAAUUGAAUUAUUUUCAAAAUGAAAUGUGCUGUCCUCUAUAAUUCU